AUGUUUUAUGUGUUGGUUGUGUAUUUUGUUGUUUUCAGAUUCAAAGGAAUGAAACCAGGAAAAUCAGUGCGAAAAGUUCAAAUUCGGAGUGACAGAGGAAGUCUCAGAAACCAAGCUACUGGGUGCCUGACACGGGCCGUGUCAAGAGAGGAUGCACAACUUUGGGAGAGGAGGCAGAGGUUGGUGCAGUGCUCGUGUCAGCUGACACGGCCUGUGUUAGAAGGUAUGGGCGAGAUCAUGAUUAAAAGCAAGAAACAUAGGCUGACACGGGUGCCCGUGUCGGCCAAAGCACUAGAAAUUUUGAUUUUUGGAGUUUUAAGUGUCUUGGAUCAUUAA